AUGCCACCAGCUGGGACAGAUAGAGACUGCCAGGAUGCGCUGAACAAUGGUCUGGACACCCUCGUGAUCGCCCUUGACAUAGCGAGGGCCUUCUACCGGGUAUGGCACAGGGUCCUCCUGGAAGAGCUUCGAGCGAAUGGAAUCGAGGGGAACCUCCUCCUGCUCCUAGCAGACUACUUGCGAGGGAGGAUCCUUAGAGUUGUCGUCAAUGGCCAGACCUCCCGAGACUUUCCAAUAGAGGUGUCGGUCCCCCAGGGAUCUGUUUUGGGACAACAUAUGCCAGUGGUAUCAGCUUACACUAAUGAUUGCACCCUAUUGUGCUCUUAUCCCAAUCAGGAUAGCCAGCGAGCAGUCCAGAGAGUAAACCAGCAACUGGAGCUGAUCCGUGGAUGGGGGUACACGUUGGCAGAUAAAGCCUUAUUUAGAAUACUCAUCCCUGUCGUGGAUGUCCAGCGCUCCUUCCCACAUUGGAAACUGGACAAGAUACAGAGGCGAGCCCUGCGACUGAUGGAUUCUGCCUUACACCCUCCCCAUUACAUCGUCACCACCGUAGACUCUCUGGAGUACCGGAGAGAUGUGGCGGCCCUGACGGUGUUCCACAAGGACCAAGUCCAAGAGGUGCCUCACCUGGAGGGAAUCAGGCUGCCCCUACGAGCUAUGCAGAGGAGCACGAGAACGGUGCUGUCGAGCGUCCAGCUGGAGGAGGCACUGAGGUCACGGUAG